AUGGCAGCGCAGGAGCCAAUCCCAGAACGUCUACCAGUAAAAGGGUUUAAACAGCUCAGGCAACCACAGUUCAGCAAGACCCCCCCUGAAGAAGCUCGAUCCAGAGAGCCGCUGGAUCCAGAGGUGAUCACAGGAGGCCAGAACUUCAGCACCUUUGCAGAGUUUCUGGGGGCCGUUCCAGUGGAGCAGCACAGGAGGGAGGAAGUGCCCGCAGUGUCUGAUGAUGACAACGCCGACGCCAUGGAGAACCUGAGGACGCUGGUUCGCAACAGAAGGAACUCCCCCUACUUAGCUCUGCCCCAGUUCAAACGCCUGCCGGACUUCUGGGGAUGGUACAAGUACUUCAUGCAAAGCCAAAACCAGGAGGGAGUUGAGGAUCUGGAUCGUUUGUACAUGGCCUACCUGCAGAACAAGCACAGGUCAGAGGAGGGCCCAACUUACAAUCACUACCUCAAGCACCUCAGUGAAGUCUACAAGUCGUGUGCCGAUUCUGAUGACCCAGAGUGCAUCUCCGAGUCCACCAGCAAGCCAAAGGCUGCACUGGUGAUGCCCGCGCCCAUCAAGUCUGCUGCCGUCAGGAUGUGCAACCCUUACCUCGAUCCCUACUGCCUCUUCCCCCUCGCCCCCGCUGCCGCCCCGGCGCCUGAGGCAGCUCCAGCCAAGGUGCCAGCCCCCAUCCUCACCCCCAUGCUGCCCAUGCCCCUGAAGAGCCCCACUGGCUUCUACUACUACGCCCCCGUCCUGGAGCCCUUCCUGAGCGCAGAGCAGAGGUCUGAGCUGCUGAGGAUCUGCAGCCCGGAAGAUGUGGAGUGUCUGCAGUAUCAUCUGAGGGCAGCUUAUGGCUACCGCCCAGCCACUGGCCCAGCCCCAUCCUACGCCGCCCUCAAAUGUGACCCCAAGGACCCCUACUGCAUGCCCACCCUGGUCCACAAAGCCCCCACUGGCUACUACCACCGUCUCUACCCCAGCUGUGACCCAGCGGUGGAUCCCCUGUGUGUGACCAACGUCGCUGCUCCCCUCACUGCAGAGGAGGCCCCUAAAGAGCAACACUGCAACCCACUCUUUGACGGCGACUGCAACCCCCUGACCGCCACCAAGCUGUCUGGCCUCACCAAGCCCGUGCUGGAGUACGGACCCCACGAUGAGCCUUCACUUCCUGCUGCUCGUCCGGCCUGCGACCCUCGCUACGACCCGUACUGCAUACUGGCAGCCGCCGCUGCCCUGCGCAAGCCUGCCCCGCAGAUCCCCGAGCACCAGGUCCGCUACAAGCUGGGCGUCCGUGGCAAGACCAGGGAGGGCUACGACUGCUACGUGCACUAUGACAAAGACUGCACCCCGGUGAGGUCUGGCUCUGAGGCCAAGUCCGACAUCAAGGCUCCAGCCGAGCCUUCCUGCCACCCGUUUGACCCUAACUGCGUCAAGUUUGCUGGACCCUCCGGCGUUCAGGCCCCAAAGCCACACAAGGACGGCCUAAUCCUGCCUGACCCCGACUGCGACCCUGAGUACGACUACAACUGCCGCCUGCGUCGCGCCGAGCCCGCCGCUGUUGCUGAUGAGCCUGCCGCUGCUGACGAGCCCGCCAAGGAGGCCGCUGUCCCACUCUUUGAUGACUUCCUCAGGGGCGUCAUGAGCCAGCACAAGUAG